UAUCACUUUACUGCUUGCUCUUUGCGUUGUCUUUCGGCGGAGCGUCAUUGCAUAUUACUGAAGUGACGCGAUCAUCAUCAUCGUUGUGUACAUGUCAAGCCACCUACAGCGACAGCUCAAGAGGUGUCUAUGAUUUGUCUGGCGCAUCAUGGAAACAGUUGUUUGUGACACCUAAAGAUAUGAACUACUCGUUCGUCUACAGUCCAUGCACCUCAUACGACGUUCCGAACGAUGCAGAGGGAGCUUGCAACGGAGUCGGCGUUUGCCAGAUUGAAAAAGAAAAGUUUUCUAACUAUGGCGAGGCUUCUAGUGCAGUUUGUGGCACCACACUAGAUGGGACAAUGCCUACUCUGAUGUAUAGGGCGCAAAAGAGAAGUGCAAUUGUGACUUUGUUAUGCAACUUGACAGAUGAAGGGUUGACAGGUGCUGUGGUGAACGAUGUUGUGAAGCUCACUCUCAGUUCAAAAUGUGCUUGUCGUGACAUGUGUAAAGUUGAAAAACCAGAAGUAAAUUCAGGAGCUCUUAGUAUUGGAUCCUUACUUCUCAUUGUGUUCUUCAGUGUUGUGUUUGCGUACAUCAUUGGAGGAAUGUUAUUUUUGGGCGUAUCCCGUGGAGCUAGAGGCAUUGAAAUGAUACCCCAUUAUGUGUUUUGGGUCAGUCUGCCAGGACUAGUGAAGGAUGGAUUUCUAUUUCUUGCAACAGGCUGUGAGUCACGUAGUGCAUACCAGAAGAUUUAAUUAAACCUACAUGCUUGCUGUAUACGUAAUAAUUUAACUGGUUAGCUAGGUUCAGUAGUCUUAGAGACUCAACUGAAUUACAACAUGUAUAGUACAUGCAGUAUGUAGCCGGAGAUGGGAUUAAUUUGUGCUCAUCAAUUGUAUGAUCAGGAGCGCAUUUGGUAUAUCUAGCUGCUAAGCAGUCAUGCACGUAUAGAAAU